AUGAGGUCGAGACAGAGGAGAUUCAAAAAAAAAAAUAAUCUUUUUUUCCCCUCCUUUUCUGCUUUUUUCUUUUUUUGUGAACAGGAAGACUUUACAUUCUGUCACUUGUUACCUCUCAUCCAGUCAUCAGAGUGCAAGCCAUGCAGUCAGUCCUGUGAGCCUCCCACUGCCCAACUCAGUGUCCAGCCUACCAGUGGAAAAGGAUCUUCCUCCUCAUUAUCCCCUGCUUCAGUCACUGAGGAUGUCUCCCUUGGUAGCACCAGUGACGACCAGGAUGCAUGUUCAGUGGUGAGCGACUAUGACUGCCCAUGCGGUGAGGAAAGCAGCAGUGUGGAGGACUUGCAGAGCAUCAGCUCCUCUCUCAGAGACUCUGAGUACUUCAAAGAUCUGCAGGGAGGUACACUGCCCUCACAGACUACUGUAUCCACAGUGACCGCAGUCCCAGAGUGCAUAAUCCAGGAAAGUGUUGACCUACAGGAAUCUCUAACCACAACCAGUACAACCAUAAACCAACCUGCACAGACUUUUCUGACCACGCACUCCCCACAGUUAAAUGCACCACCCCCUUCCUAUGAACAGCCUACAGAGGAAUGCCCUCCAAGCUUUGUGGUCACUCAGCUUAGUCCUAAGUUGUUACCAGGUGGCAUCAUUGAUGGUGAUGACGCUCUAGGUCCUGCAGUAGGGCCAAACUUGACAGACUUGAACUUGAAUGGACUGUUGGAAUUAAUGGAAACACCAACACCAACAACAGCACUGGAGGAAGGAAAGGAGCAGUCCACAAUGGAUUUAGAUGGAGAGCUAGACCUGGACAGCUUUCCUAUUCUAAUCAGAUCCAUGUCUACAUCUCGAAGGCACAGCUGGGGAGUCCCUCUGUCCCCCAUUACCCUAGGGAGGAGACUAAGUUUAGAUACCAAGGCCAUAGACAGUGAUGGAGAGAGAGAUGAUGAUGAUGAGCAACGGAAUAAUCUUUUCCAGUCCACCUACAGCUGCUCGCCAUGUCCUGAGGAGGAGUUCAGCAGUCCUGAUGCUUUCAGCCUGAGGGACCACGGUGAGCCUGGCAGGCAACUAUACUCUCGCUCACAGAUCCUCGCUACAGACGAGUAUUCCCGUGCUGCACACAUUUCUCGUGUUGUACAGACAUCCAAACAGGCGGCCCGGGCAGCAGGAGCCGAGGAGUUUGACCCUGAAGAAAACCUGCAUUCUACUGAAGGACAGACACAUAUAGCGAAGCAGAGAAACAACAGAUCAGACACCAAAGAUUCAGGAAGCGUCACUUGGUACGAGUUCCUCUCCAACGAGUAA